AUGGCAGCACUUGCCGCCCACCACCACCGCCACUCCUCCUCCGUCGCUGCUCCAACUCCAACACUUGGCCGACGCCACCGUUUCUCGUCGCUCCCUUUCUCCGCGCGGCCCUCUUCCCAUGGCAGUUUCAGCUCUCGAGCCGCGACCCGCGUCCUCACGCGCGCCGGCCCACCCGCCGCGACAACGGCGUCAUCGUUAUCGCUGGAGGAGCUGCGCCGGGGCUGCUCCACCUGGACGUGGCGAGGGAUGCGCGUGAACUAUCUCGCCAGAGGGCAGGGCCCGCCCGUCCUGCUCGUCCACGGCUUCGGCGCCUCCGUCGCGCACUGGCGCAGGAACAUUGGGGUGUUGUCUGAAUCCUACACCGUCUACGCGAUCGAUUUACUGGGGUUCGGUGCCUCGGACAAGCCUGCUGGAUUUUCUUACACGAUGGAGACAUGGGCUGAGCUGAUACUGGAUUUCUUGGAGGAGGUGGUCAGGAGGCCCACGGUGCUCGUCGGCAACUCUGUUGGAAGCCUUGCAUGCGUCAUUGCUGCCUCAGAGUCCAGCAGAGAAGUCGUUCGGGGGCUUGUUCUGCUGAACUGCGCCGGCGGCAUGAACAACAAGGCGAUCGUCGACGACUGGAGGAUCAAGCUGCUGCUGCCUCUGCUCUGGCUGAUUGACUUCCUGCUGAAACAACGGCCGAUAGCAUCAGCACUCUUUAACCGCGUCAAAAACAGGGACAAUCUGAAGGAUAUCUUGCUCUCUGUUUACGGGAACAAAGAUGCUGUGGACGACGAAUUAGUUGAGAUCAUAAGCGGACCGGCUGACACGGAGGGCGCCCUGGACGCGUUCGUGUCGACGGUGACGGGCCCGCCGGGGCCGAGCCCGAUAGCGCUGAUGCCGCGGCUGGCCGACCUGCCCGUGCUGGUGCUGUGGGGCCACCGGGACCCCUUCACCCCGAUCGACGGGCCCGUGGGGAAGUUCUUCUCGAAGCUGCCGUCGGAGUUCCCCAACGUGACGCUCUACAUGCUGGAGGGCGUGGGCCACUGCCCACACGACGACCGGCCGGACCUCGUCCACGACAGGCUGCUCCCGUGGCUGGAAGCCCUCCCGCCGCCGGCGGCCGGCGCGGUGACGACGUCAACGACGGUUUAG